AUGAAUAUGCUCUCUAUCAAUAUAAGGGGUCUCGGGGUGGAUAAGAAAGCUGCUUGGAUCAAGGAGAUUAAGUUUAAAGAAAAAGUGUCGUUUUUGGCUUUUCAAGAAACCAAUCGGUCGGACAUCUCUGAUGAUGUUAUUGCCCGUUUCUGGGGUAACUCGGUCUGGGCAAAAGAGGUUGUUGAUCCGGUGGGCAGGAGGAAUCCUCUGUAUUUGGGACCCAGGGUUAAAGGUUGUAUGGAGGAGGUGAAUAUUUUGACUGUGUAUGCCCCUCAAAGUUCGGUUGGUAAAAGAGCUCUCUGGAGUCGUAUUUUGUCCGAAAAGUCGGGUAGGAAUGGGUUGUGGAUUGUGCUUGGGGAUUUCAAUGAUGUCCGCUAUGCUAAGGAACGAAAAAAUUCGCGCGUUAAACCUAGAUGUGCGAGGGAUUUUAAUGGCUUUAUUCAUGAUGUUGAUUUGUGUGAUCUCAAUUUAAAAGGAAGUAAGUUCACGUUUAUGUUGGAUGGAGUUAAUGGUAAGAAGUUUAGUAAAAUCGACCGGGUGAUGCUGAGGCACCUUCGUAACAAAAUCAAGGAGUGGAGGGAUGGUCUCCGUAACAAAGAGGUUGCACAGGAAGAAAUGGCCAAAUCUGAGCUUGAAGAAUUGGAAGAGGCGAUGGAGGAUAGGGAUCUUUUGGAGGAGGAAGGUUGGAUUUGUUUAGAAUGUAAAAAAAAAUUAUUAGAGAUGGAGAAUCACAAGGCGAAGGAUCUUCGGCAGAGAUCUAGAGUUAGGUGGGCCUCGGAUGGAGACGAUAACUCCAAAUUUUUUCAUGGUUUCAUCAAGAAAAGGAAAGCUACUAACACCAUCCCCGGUUUACUGAUAAAUGGAUAA